CAUUCCUCCUCCCCUCCAGAGACUGACAGCCCGUUAGCUGCUGUGCUGCUCACCGGCAAUGAUACAGCAGACACGGACUCGUUGAGACGCCAGGAAUGGACUUAUCGAGCAGUUUUUACCACUACAUUCACGGGUUUUAUUCAGAGACAAUUGUCUACUGACACAAGGAGUAUAUCACCAGUUUCAUUUUUUCUUUGGGGGAAAGGAGACGCGACGUCUGUGAGAGGAAUGGAUGCGAUGACUGCUUUCCUGCGACAUUCACCGGCCAGCUACGGAGCUUCCACAUCCACCUGGAAAACUGCUUGAGUACACCCAGUCUAGAGAAGGUUUUGUGUGAACUUAAAACACUACGAUUCACGGCACUUAUGUUUUAAGAAGUGAACGGAAUAUCAAGUUAGAAGAACGUGGCUAAUUGCUACUGGCGACCCAAUACACCUUUAAGCAAAGCAGCAGCUAGCCGAAUUCCUCGUUCUAACUUUAUUUUCUCCACUGAAAAUAGUGGUGUAUAUCUUUUUAAAAGAGGAUUCAUAUUUGAGUUAAGGAGGAGGACACUUUUAUUAAGUCCGCGUUGUUGCGUAAAUACACCGCUGAACAUUUAGCUUGGUUUGUAAAGGAUAUAAAUCAUCUGUCUUCUCACGUAUGGCUCGGUAGUAUCGCGGUACUGCAGCUGACCCAGCUAGCUAGCAUCUGUGUUAGCUGGUAGGUAGCGCAAACUGCCACCAGUAACUCCUUGGGUUUUAUAUAAAACAGCAAAAACCCGCAAAGAUGCACCACCAGGAUUUUUCCGGUGACUCGCCUGGCGCUGGGGGUCGGAAAACUGCUUUCCACUACAGGAGGGGAAGCAGCGGUGCGUCGGCCUCCUCCGCAGCUGGCAGCACUGGAGCCCACACGGCUGACGAUAGCCAAACUCAAACUGGAUCCUCGUCUCCAGCACUCCACCACCAGCCCCAGUCCCAAGUGUCUGGCGCCCAGGUGAAGAAGAAGAGUGGUUUUCAAAUAACAAGUGUAACUUCAGCUCAAAUCAACGUGAGUGGCAACAACAGUUUAGCAGAUGACACUGAGAGCUAUGAUGACCUGGAUGAGUCACAUACUGAAGACCUCUCCUCCUCUGAUAUGCUAGAUGUCUCCAUGUCCAGGGCUACAGACACAGGUGUGCCAGAAAGAAGCUCCUCCGAUGACACACUGAACAGUCUCCACGGGGUCGACACACCUGGGAUUGUGUCGCCCAACGAGCCCCUUCAACCUCAUUCCACCCCUCAGGUGUCUAUGGUAAAUGGGACUAUGCAUCAUCAUUAUUAUCCCCAGCAACACAGCCAGUCCCACCACCAUCACUCUGAGAGUUUGGGAGGUGAAUCAGCACUUCCAGUAGCCCCCUUGGCAAGCUCCAGCCCGUCUCUGGCCUCCAAAAGUGGGGCUAGCAGGUCCCAAAGGACACCACUGUUGGAGAGCACAAAACCUUCAGGUGGGACAACUCAACCCUUAGCCCAUAUUGUUGGUGUUGGAGCCACUGAUGCAAAUCUACAGGGUAGUGGAAAUGUUUCUAAUGCUACUCUUAUUGCUGGUGCUGCAGUUCCUCCCCCAGGGUCUGCAGGUUUUGACAACACUAGUCUGAGUGGGCAAGUAGCUUCUGGUGGAGGAGGAACAGGCCCGUCCAUUCAAGCCCAACACCCCCAAACCCAUGCAGCUACUGGCUCUCGUUUUAGGGUGGUUAAGCUAGACACAAACUCUGAGCCCUUCCGGAAAGGAAGAUGGACAUGUACUGAGUUUUAUGAAAAGGAGAUUCCUCCUCCAGCUGCAUCUGACGCACUGAAAGUUGCAGAGUUGACAGCGGAGACUGAGGCAGGUUCUGCUGGGAUUAGUCCGAAUGUACCUGCUGUGCAGCCACCGCACACACUGCAGCCUUACCAGCAACCGACACUGGACUUUAAAAGUCCACAAUCCAUUCAGAGCCCACCACAGGGACUGACCUAUGUUUCACCGCAGGAGGUUGUCAGUGGAGCUCACAUGCCAAAACCAGUGGCCCCUGUCACUCUCCCUACAGCAACACCACAGGCAGGUGGAAGUCACUCUCUACCUGGAAUAUCCCAGCAGUUUCCCUAUGCUGUGGAUCCCCAUGCUGGGGUCAUAAACCCAGGGAGUGUCCAUCAACCAGACUUCAUCCAGCCCACUGCUCCCUUCCAGACCCAGGUCCAGCAUCCACCACUACAUCUCACAACAGGAAUCUCCUUAGUACCAGUACCAAGGGUCAUGGCACAGCCGCCGGUCAGCAUUACUCAGCAGCUGUCCCAUCAAGGUCAAGCUACUCCUACAGCGCCAGCAAGCUUCGCUGUAGGACAUCCACAGGCCCUCCAAUCUCAGCCCCUACAGCAACAAGUCCAUCCACUCUCCACUGCCACAGUUCCAGUAGUGCCUAGCCAUGGGGCCACCUACAUGCCUCUGACUGCAUUGAAAGCUGAUCUCCAGCCCCUUCUCACACCAGGCACGACCCUCACCCAGGUCUCCUCUAAAUCUUCCCAGCUGGAGGACGCCCAGAAGCUUUUGCUCCAGCACCAAGGCCUGCUGGCUCUGCCCAGGCUGGCGGGGGCAGCAGGCGGAGCAGGAGCAUCAGAGGUCAGCGUUGCUGCUGGGACACUGGCCCACAUGGGGAUGUCAGCUGAGGCCAGUGCCUUCAUGGCUGCUGCCGCUGCAGGCCUCAGGAGUCAGCAUGCCGAAGGAGAGGACGACAGCUCUUCGGGUGCAAGUGUGGUGGCCAUUGACAACAAAAUCGAACAAGCAAUGGACCUGGUGAAGAGUCACCUGAUGUACGCAGUGCGCGAGGAGGUGGAGGUGCUGAAGGAGCAGAUCAAGGAGCUGAUCGAGCGCAACAACCAGCUGGAGCAGGAGAACAACCUCCUGAAGAACCUCGCCAGCCCCGAGCAGAUGGCCCAGUUCCAGGCGCAGGUCCAGACCGGCGACUCCCCGACUGGCGCCGGCCAACCUCCAGUCCUGCUCCCCGCUGGUUCCACGCAAGUCCUCCCCUCCUCACAGAUUCCCAGCUCAUCCGCGUAACACACCGGGAAAACCCCGUGAGGACGAACGACGACGCUUAACUGUGAACUGACCGACUAUGCCGCCAUUGUGAGGACACUUCAACGUAACCACGGGACGAAAAAAAACAAAAAAAAAAACUUUCACCUGUUGCAGAUAUUAUUUAACUGAAAGACGCCGGAGUUGUGUUCGUGCUUUGUCUCUGACUUUUAUUACCUGCUUCAGACAAUCGUUGUCGUGCUGGUCGUCGUCGUGGUGAUGUUGACAAAGAUAUUGACGUAGAGGAGGCGCUAACAAAGUUGUGGGCCAAUCAGGAAUCAGAUCCUUCGCAGUGUAACUUGUUGUGUUGCCCCGCCCACUCCGCCUCAACCCAGCGCCGUCUUUCUGCACAGUCUGUUUUUUUUUUGUUUGCACUUUUGUUGACAGAGGACAAACUUUAAAAGAUUUCAAAAUGUACGCGUCCCAUCUGGAAUGGGAGUCAAACAACGUUUUUCUUUUCUUUUCUGCUUCUCACCCCCUCACGUCACCCGACGACGGGAAGUCCUGAGCUGAGGAGGAGAGCUCACCGAGGAAGAAAAAAAGAAAAUAUAAUAUAUCCUGUGUCUUAUCCUUCACUUUCUUUUCCCGUUAUCAUGUCCCCGCCCCCUUUUUGAACUCAGCAUUAAACAUUUAUGCAGGGAGUCUUAUGUUUUUAACGCAGAGGUUUUUUUUUUUUUGUUUAUCGAUGUGUAAAAUGUCCCAGUGACGACGACAAAAUGACGGAGAGAGUAAAAAGUAGGACAUGACUGUUUCUAGGUAGUGAACUUUGUAAAUAAUGAAACUACUCUGCCAAGUGCCUGGUUUUUAACCAUAGAUACAUAUAUGAGAGCUUUUUUUAGUUAUUUGUAUAUAAAAAAAUAUAUAUGUGUAUAUAUAUAUAGAUAUAUAUAUCUAUGGUUUUUUGCCAGGUUUUUGUACUACCUGUGAUGUCAUGACUCAGGGCGGGACCAGAAGAGGACGUCUUACCUCGUCACUAAAGAUGCUGUCUCUCCUGCAGGUGACACACGGCCUCGUACUGUAAACGAACUCUCCUCCGCCGUCGCUCACGUAAUCGGGACUGUGUUCACCACGUGUUGUUUAAUCUUGUGUUUUUGUUUCCUUGUUGUUAAUAAUUUCCUUUUUUUUUUAUGUCUUUUGUACAGCCAAGUGUUUUGAGUUGCUUGUAGUGCACAAUGAUGAGAAGAGUAGGGGGAGGGGAAACAAAGAAAGACGAGGAAAAUA